UGGGCCAAACUAGAAUGCCAACCCAGUGGGCCUCAUAUUACAUCGUAUUCAUUAUAUACAACCAAAAACUAGGGUUUUUGUUAGUCCUUAGGGUUUCAAUCAACAACAGAGCUCAUCGCCGAAAGGAGAUCUCCAAUUGUGAAAAUGCCUUCUCAUAAGACAUUUAUGAUAAAGAAGAAGUUAGCGAAGAAACAAAGGCAAAACAGGCCAAUUCCUUACUGGAUUCGUAUGAGGACUGAUAACACUAUCAGGUACAAUGCUAAGCGCAGGCACUGGCGUAGAACCAAGCUAGGGUUUUAAGGUGGAAGACUCAUGUUUUAUUCAAGUUUUGUAUGGAAAAACUUCUCGGAUUAUGUUUCUUUUUUCCAGUUCGAUAGGAGCUUAUUCUGUGAGAAAACAGAUUGUGGUUUGAUUUCAGCAAAGUUUAUAUAUUGAGAUGUUAUUCCGUUUAA